AGAACACGGAGAUAGGCAGAGCUAGAGAGAGAGGGACGGAGAGAGAGAGAGAGAGAGAGAGAGAGAGAGACAGGACAGACACAAGGAGACACUGACAGCGAGAGGUAGAGAGAGAGAGAGAUACACAGAGAGAAAGCGAGGAACAAAAAAAAAAAAACUUUGAUUUAUAGAGGGGUUUGCACAAAUUAUGUGGCCAGAGCGCACAUGGAUUCGGUAGAACUUUCUCUUCCCGAGUGUUUUCCUCUGCACUCUGAACAAGAAAUGAAUUUAUCAAAGGCCCAGGUUAAUAGCGAAGAUAAGUACGGCAAAUGCGCAGCGUGGAGAAUGCCGCAACAUUACGACCUAGACUCCACACACAUGCGUGACGCGCACGCACUUUAUAACCAAAGGCUCCUGUGCAGAAUGUCCAACAAGGAGCGCCACAUUGAGUCCAGCUGCCCCUCCUACAUCAAGACGGAGCCGUCCAGCCCCGCCUCCCUGACCGACAGCAUCAACCACCACAGCCCCGGCGGCUCCAGCGACGCCAGCGGCAGCUACAGCUCCACCAUGAACGGCCACCAGAACGGCCUGGACUCGCCCACCCUGUACGGGCCCGGGGCCGGAGGCCUGGGACCCACCGCGGCCGCCGCCGCCGCAGCAGCCGCCGCCGCCGCCGCGGCCAAGCGCUACGAGGACUGCUCCAGCACCAUCGGCGAGGACUCGCAGAUCAAGUGCGAGUACAUGCUCAACUCCAUGCCCAAGCGGCUGUGUCUGGUGUGCGGCGACAUCGCGUCCGGCUACCACUACGGCGUGGCGUCCUGUGAGGCGUGCAAGGCCUUCUUCAAGCGGACCAUCCAAGGGAACAUCGAGUACAGCUGUCCCGCCACCAACGAGUGUGAGAUCACCAAGCGCAGACGGAAGUCCUGCCAGGCCUGUCGCUUCAUGAAGUGUCUAACGGUCGGGAUGAUGAGAGAAGGUAAGAGACAGAGGGUUCGGCUGGACAGAGUGCGCGGAGGGAGGCAGAAGUACAAGCGCCGGAUAGAUGCGGAGAACGCCCCCUACCUGAACCCCCAGCUGGCCCUGCCGCCCAAAAAGCCAUUUCCGUUUGGCUGCCUUGCAGAUAACAAGAUCGUGUCGCACCUGCUGGUUGCUGAGCCGGAGAAGAUCUACGCCAUGCCGGACCCCACCGUGCCGGACUCGGACAUCAAGGCCCUCACCACCCUCUGCGACCUGGCCGACCGCGAACUGGUCGUCAACAUCGGCUGGGCCAAGCACAUCCCAGGCUUCUCCACGCUGUCCUUGGCAGACCAGAUGAGUCUACUGCAGAGCGCAUGGAUGGAGAUCCUGAUCCUGCGCGUGGUGUACCGCUCGCUGCCCUUUGAGGACAAGCUGGUGUACGCCGAGGACUACAUCAUGGACGAGGAGCAGUCCAAGCUGGCCGGCCUGCUGGAGCUCAACAACACCAUCCUGCAGCUGGUCAAGAAGUACCGCCACAUGAAGCUGGAGAAGGAGGAGUUCGUCACGCUCAAGGCCAUCGCGCUCGCCAACUCAGACUCCAUGCACAUAGAGGACGUGGAGGCAGUGCAGAAGCUCCAGGACGUGCUGCACGAGGCGCUGCAGGACUACGAGGCGGGCCAGCACGGCGAGGACCCGCGGCGGGCGGGCAAGCUCCUCAUGACCCUGCCCCUGCUGCGCCAGACCUCCACCAAGGCCGUGCAGCACUUCUACAGCAUCAAGCAGGACGGCAAGGUGCCCAUGCACAAACUGUUCCUGGAGCUGCUGGAGGCUAAGGUCUGAUGAUCAUCGGACGGACGGACGGACGGACGUCCAGCCCCGGCCACCUCCUCAACCGAACCGAACCCCACCCCCACACACACACACAGCCCAGCCCAGCUCAGCCCAGUCUAGUCCAGCCCCAGAGUCUGGCACCUCCCACUUCCUGAUUGAUUGAAGUCCCGCCCACUUCCCGUUCAACGAUGACGAUGCAGACUACAGACCACUCCCACCCUGAGUCCUGUACUACUUCCUCUUCCCUGAUCGACCCAGCCAAUAGAGAGAGAGAGUUGAGAGAGUUGAGAGAGAGAGAGAGAGAGAGGUGGGAGGGACUUGCCCCAGACCACACCCCCUUCUUCUUCUUCUUCUUCUUCUUCUACUACUUCUACUUCUUCUUGUUCUUCUUCUUCGACCCCGUGACACCGGUCAGCAGAUGGCGCUGUGCUGGUGCCGGUGCCGGUGGGACCUUAUUGUCUAUAAAACUGUAAUGAAAAAUGACAAGAAGCAUAACCGUAAUGGUAACUCUUAACUAUUGAUGAUGGCUAUACUUAUAAGAAUGACUUUUAAAAACUUGUGAUCACUGAGAGAAUUAAGGGGGAGGGGGAGUAAUUAAAUGAAAUACCACAAACAGAAAAAAAUGAAACAAAGACAAGAGACUGCUCAAGUGGUUUUAGCAGUGGGACUUUGUGAACCGACGACUUUCAAACUUCUCAGAUUCUAAUGCAGUUUUUUGUGCUAUAUACGGAGACAUUUUGUUCCUGAUUUUCACAAAGAUUUCCUGGAGCCGUGAGAAAGAGAGGAGAGGAGAGGAGAGGAGCGGAGAGGAGAGGAGCUGCCCUGCCAAAGGAUUGAGGUCCACGCGGUGGACAUGUGCAAACAUCACCACCCCCACCCACCCAGUGUGUACCCCCACCCCUA